GCAGUGUCUGGCCACUCUGGACUUGGACACUGGAUGCUAGACAUUACAUCACUGAUGUAAAACAUAAUUCAUUGUAUUCGGGCAGGAGUCAAGCAAAGAACAAACCAGAACAGGCCAGAAUACUUGUCCAGUUGACAACGAUAUCACGAUAACACGUUUACAAAAUUAAUGCAGUAUGUCUUGCAACAUUUGCCAAGCGAAAUUCUCGUUCUUUACUAAGGAGGUUGCUUGUCCAGGUUGUGGUUAUUCGCACUGCGGUAAGUGUCUGAAAUACAAAUGUACCAUUCCGGAUGGAAGGGUAGCAAAAGUCUGUGGACGUUGUUACAACAAUUACAAUUCCGUGAAGAAAGUGAAUUCCUUGGAUCGUACAGCCAUGUCGCACGAGCAGGAGGAAUCCCUUGCUCUGGUGGACAUUACUAAAAAGUUAGAUUCGUUGGAGAAUCCAGCAAAGCCACCCAUCGUAAUGUACAAACAUGCCAAUCACUGGGACAAAUUCAAGAGCGGUUUAGAACCUGUCGACCAAGUGAUAGUAGAUAGAUUAAGAAAAUUAAAAGAGAAAGACAAAAGUUCAGCUUUGAGCGUCGACGAAAUAAGGAAAAGACUUGCAUUAUUGAAAGACGAAGAUCCUGGCGGUGCUGGUAACAGCAAAACAAAUAUACAUUUAGUGGACCUUAGAACGGACCAACAGAAAACCGACGAUUUGAUACAGGAAUAUUUGAACCAGUUGGAAUUAACGUCAGGUAGCGACCCUAUUAGUGAAAUUCAUUCGAGACUGAGAUCUCUGCGGGGUUUGAGCAACAUACACGAAAGACAUUCGGACGAAAUUACCGACGACGACGACGACGACGACGACGGUAACGACGAGGAGACACGAAUAACGAAAAAAUUGAUCGCGAAAGCUCUGGCAGAAGCAGCCCUAGAGAAACAAUACGAAGAAGAUAUAGAUGAAUUGGAGGACAUGGAAGUCGAUGUAUGGAAUAAUCUUGAUUUCUUUGGAUCUCGAAGAAAGUAAAUAAAUGGUUGAUCGUUCUGUUAAUCUUACGAUUGUAGACAUCCAAGCGUGUUUAUAAGGAAGACAAGGAGGCAAAGGACGAAG